GUCGACUUGGUCGAUUAUCAACACGAGUGUGCUUGGCGAUGUCACCGAGACUCAAAAUUCUUCAGCUUCAUCCAAGAUGGCCAAGCGUGGAAAUAGAGUUUCAUCCAAAACCGACUUGCCACACUUCAUACCAAUGCAGUGGUUUGGGUUUGGGCUCAAGAACGAUGCAGUGAAAUAUAAUAGCAAAUGGUAAGGGCGUCGCGUGAGGCCGUUGUCGCAGCCUCUCUUUCGUCUCCAACACUCGAAAUAACGACGCCAUACCAUCUAUCAAAAUGCGUCAUGCACGGCGACAGUAACCACGCAAUAACAAGCAGUAUCUUCUCAUGAUCACGCUCAUGUUUGGAUUGGUCGGCAUCACUGCGUCGCCUUGUUAAGAUGGCGCCUGUAAUACGACCGCGCAGCUUCGGCACUGGCGUCGAGGGCAUCGACUGGACUGACUUGACCAUCAUCAUUGUCUUCCUCUCGCUGGCCCUGUACAAUGUUCUCGAGCUCCUUUGCAUCAUUUGGGGCACCUUCAAGCGAUAUGCCGGGCUGUACUUCUGGUCCUUCCUGAUGGCGACGGUCGGAAUCGCGUUGUCCUGCAUUGGGUUUUGCAUCAAAUACUUUGGACCUGUGUCACUCGGUUACUUGUCAUGCACACUCAGUUUGAUGGGAUGGGUGUUUAUGGUGACGGGCCAAUCAUUGGUUCUCUGGUCUCGAUUGCAUUUGGUGCUGAGGAACCAGAAACGCCUGAAAAUAAUCCUAUACAUCAUCAUCAUCAAUGGAAUCGUCUGCCACGGCAUGGUCAUCCCGCUGGUAUACGGAUCUUUCUCCUCCAACCCAGAAAUCUUCCAGACGCCGUACAAAAUUACCGAAAGGAUCGAAAUCAUCGUCUUUUUCUUGCAGGAGAUGAUGCUGUCUAGCUUCUACAUUUUUGAAACAAUCAAGCUGUUGCGGAUGGGAGGCAGCCUUGGAAACAGGCAAUCGAGUCGUCGCUUACUUAAGAAUCUCAUCCUCGUCAACGUCCUCGUCAUGGUCCUCGAUAUUACAAUUGUGGUCCUCGAAUUUGCGAAUCUCUACGACUUCCAGAUAUCAUAUAAACCGUUCGCCUAUAGCAUCAAGCUGAAGCUCGAAUUCACCGUUCUGAAUCGCCUUGUUGAGCUGACAAGUGGAGGAAGGCCGAUGAACUCAAAUGGUCAAAGCGCAUCAUCUAGUGGUCGCAGCAAUAGCACUGGUUCAGCCAUCUUGGAGUCCAUUGGCGGUGGCUCAUAUCACGCGUAUGCCAAAGGCGGAUGCACCGACAACUUGCACAAGCCAACGCCGUCAGAAGUCGAGAAUGGGAACAGGGUCAUGAUGACGACGGCCAUCACUGUUCACUGAGAGAAGAUAUCUCACGACGUUGAUAGCCGAUAUAAGAAGUCCUCGGAGGACUCGGAGGACUCGGCAAGUGGCACAUCUAAGGAGUCGAGUGAGGAUAGCGAGGAGAAGUCAUCAUCUCAAAUCGAUCUAGCGACGAACAGCGGCUUAUAGAAAAACUAACGGCCUUUAUUGUCGGAUUACUGUACGGAGUAUGGAUGUGUAAAUGGAAAUGGUAUAUAGUAUUGUAUAUAAUUUGCACGCAAAGCAGAGGCGAACGACGUGCUCGUCAUUUGCGAAGUGCACUUCUAGCGGUAUUGGAAGACGAAAUAAUCACUUCC